GCUGGCGUCCGGACGGAGGCGGGAGGGGACGCUGCAGCCUCGUGAGAGCGGCGAGGAGAGUAGGGCACAGGACCGGCGAGUUGGAGAGGCGCGGCGAGCGAGCGGCACUGCGCCCUCGGAGAGCCCAGCCCGGCGUCCCCGUGCCCGCGCGCGCUCAGCACCCGCGUGGAGGACAGCUCCGCAGCGCGCCGCUCGCCCAGCCGCCCUCUCGCCCGCCUGCGUCCUGUAGCCGGGAGCCAGGGCGCCCCGCGGAGAGCCCGCGCAGCGCUGCCCGACCUGCAACUCGCUAGGAGCCAGCUCGGGAGAGCAGCCAGCGGCCUCGGAAGCCCUGACGACUUCGGAGCAGAAUGUACCAGGGACACAUGCAGAUCUCAAGAUUAGACCCUUGGAUGAGGCUGGGGGCAGCAGAGGGAUCCAAAUGGCAGAGCAAGGGAAAAGGCUCUAGGGCUGCAGAUAAGGCUGUUGCCAUGGUGAUGAAGGAGAUACCGAGGGAGGAGUCUGCAGAAGAAAAGCCCCUCCUUACUGUGACAUCACAGCUGGUGAAUGAGCAACAAGAAAGCAGACCUCUCCUGAGCCCCUCCAUCGACGACUUCCUCUGCGAAACCAAAUCCGAGGCCAUUGCAAAGCCAGUGACGUCCAACACAGCUGUGUUGACCACUGGCUUGGAUCUCCUUGACCUGAGCGAACCUGUCUCUCAAACACAAACCAAAGCCAAGAAAUCUGAGUCCUCCUCAAAGAGCUCAUCCCUAAAGAAGAAAGCUGAUGGCUCUGACCUCAUCAGUACAGAUGCUGAGCAGAGAGCACAGGCCCUCCGAGGGCCAGAGACAUCAUCCUUAGAUUUAGCAGACAUUCAAACACAACUGGAAAAAUGGGAUGAUGUCAAGUUUCACAGUGACCGAACAGGCAAGGGACAUCUCAUGGCAGAGAGGAGAUCGUGCUCUUCUAGAACGGGAUCCAAAGAGCUUCUGUGGUCCUCGGAACAUAGAUCUCAGCCAGAGCUGAGUACCGGGAAAAGUGCCCUCAACUCUGAGUCGGCUUCCGAGUUGGAACUUGUGGCUCCAGCACAGGCUCGGCUGACCAAAGAGCAUCGCUGGGGGAGUGCUCUGCUCUCCAGGAACCAUUCCUUGGAAGAGGAGUUUGAAAGGGCAAAAGCAGCAGUGGAGUCAGAUACAGAGUUCUGGGAUAAGAUGCAGGCAGAAUGGGAAGAAAUGGCCCGGAGGAACUGGAUAUCCGAGAACCAGGAAGCGCAGAACCAAGUCACCGUCUCAGCCAGUGAGAAGGGAUAUUACUUUCACACUGAAAAUCCCUUCAAGGACUGGCCCGGAGCAUUUGAAGAAGGCUUAAAAAGGCUGAAGGAAGGAGACCUGCCCGUCACCAUCCUGUUCAUGGAAGCUGCAAUUCUUCAGGACCCUGGAGACGCUGAGGCAUGGCAGUUUCUUGGUAUCACCCAAGCGGAGAAUGAAAAUGAGCAGGCAGCCAUUGUCGCUCUCCAGAGGUGCCUGGAGUUGCAGCCCAACAACUUGAAGGCUCUGAUGGCCUUGGCCGUGAGUUACACCAACACCAGCCAUCAGCAGGAUGCUUGUGAGGCGCUGAAGAACUGGAUUAAGCAAAACCCAAAGUACAAGUACCUUGUGAAGAACAAGAAAGGCUCUCCAGGCCUCACACGUCGGAUGUCUAAAUCCCCAGUUGACAGCUCUGUUCUGGAAGGAGUCAAGGAAUUAUACCUGGAAGCUGCCCACCAAAAUGGCGACAUGAUCGACCCAGACCUGCAGACAGGUCUUGGAGUUCUGUUUCAUCUGAGUGGAGAGUUCAACAGAGCAAUUGAUGCGUUUAAUGCUGCCUUAACUGUUCGGCCAGAGGAUUACUCAUUGUGGAACCGUCUUGGGGCAACCUUGGCAAAUGGAGACCGCAGUGAGGAAGCUGUAGAGGCCUACACGAGAGCACUGGAGAUUCAGCCAGGUUUCAUCCGGUCCAGAUACAACCUGGGGAUCAGCUGCAUCAACCUGGGUGCCUACAGAGAAGCGGUCAGCAACUUUCUCACUGCCCUCAGCUUGCAGAGGAAGAGCAGAAACCAGCAGCAAGUCCCUCACCCUGCCAUCUCUGGGAACAUCUGGGCCGCCCUCAGGAUCGCCCUGUCGCUGAUGGACCAGCCGGAGCUCUUCCAGGCAGCCAACCUUGGUGACUUGGAUGUCCUCCUGAGAGCUUUCAACUUGGAUCCUUGAAGGAAAAGGAAAAAAAAAGAGGAUAAUAACGCCUCAUCUGUGUUAUUAUACUGAAAAGGGACAAAACUAUUUUAUUAUGAAUUUCGAAAAAAAGAAAUUUUUUAAAGGAUAAAGCUUAGAGUCAAAAGGCCGUGGUCACAUAACCCAAGGGAAUCGAUUCCUACAGAUCCAGUCUCUGUUCAGACCCAAAAGCACAAAGUGAAAGUCGGGUUCAAGAGAAGAACUGAGAUUCUCAGGACAAACCAAGAUAAGGUAACUAUGUUCUCUUCCAAAUUGCAAGUGUACCUUGAGUUACGCUGCCCCGUCCCAGCUGGUGGCACAUCUGAGGGACAUUCGUGGGACAUAUCAUGACAAUUUGUCCACAAUCAGUGAACUCAGGCUGUCUCUAAACUGUCUCCCCCUUUUUGCAAGACCGAGCAUAGUUUGGGCCAUUGGCAAAUGCACACAUUCAGCCUGAGUAAGGGCAGCCAUUGCUUCGCUCUUGCUCUCGCCCGUUCUGACUGACUGUAAGCCUUUGUUUUCAGAGAGAGAGCUUUGCUGGCAAAAGCAGUUUUUGCACUAGAAGUUUUUGCUGUUCCCAAUGAAAUCCUUUCUAGGAUUGUACAUAAGCACUUUAAUAUCUUAUUUAUGCCUUGCUGGGCUUCUAGCUUGCUGCUCCAGUUUCUAACUUGGGGGUGGGGGAGGGUGGGAUAAAGGAUUUGAGAACUCAGAGUUGUUAGCUCAGUGGACCAAAUAAAAAAAGUUAUAAGAAUACUUUUUUCUUAGCAUACGGUUUGGAAGGUGUGUCUGCAUAGAAUGUAAAUAUGUUGAACCCAGUUUCCCUUGUGUGCUGUUCUGGGUGGCUAUGGAUCUCAGUGGGAAGCAAGGUUCUGAGUGCACUCUCCCUGCAGAAGGGAGCUUGGUGAUUCUGCGAUUUCUAAUGAGUUGUGUCAAACUUUCUUUUGUACCCUGUUUUCCUGGCUUUCUAACUGCCUUGCACAAUGAUAUUUCCUUUAAACUGUUGCUAUUUCCAAUGGUAUUUCUUAAGCGUGAUAAAUACAUUUUUCCUAAAGUCAAUGUUUCUCCUUAGUUCCAUAAUCACUCCCACUGUCCAGGUCCUCACGUGGUAACUGACAGAAGGGUCACAUUGGUAACCCAGUAAUACAGAGCAGCCACGGUCUCAUCUGGAAGAGACAAGCAACACUCAGCCAGAGCCAGGCCUUCUCCACUGGCCAAGAAAUCUGACUUAACUGUUGGCCUCCUACAUAUUUCUUCAGAUUACUUGGUGGGUGUUUGGCUCUUGGCAAUCAUUUCAAAAGAUUCACUCACUAAAAAUUAGAAAAAUGUUGGCAAAAACACUAACCAAAAUAACAUUUCGUUCAGCUCAAAUUUUAGUAAACUGCCCUAUUUGUCUUCCCUCUGUAGCCUUCCUGCCUUCAGAAUCUUCACCAAAGUAGUCUGAUCCCAACUCUUUUCUGUCCAUUGCUCACUAAUAACUCACUUCACUGACAAGUGUAGCUUCCAAACUUUGGGUCAAAGCAGAUAUGAACUGUGGAAUCAUCUACUAAUGGCUGAAAAUGUGCCAGAGGCUGACUGGACCCCUCUGUCACCAUGGAGUUCCCUGGAUUGGGAGAUGCCUGAUGUCACUAUAAGCCCUAGAAGCUUAUCCAUCAUACAAGCCUCCUGGCUUGUAAGGACAAGGUGAUAAGGGCACUGGAGUGGCCUCAGGCUUCACUCUUCACUGUCAAUACUCCCUAUGGCACAACAUUAGCCCCAGGUUGGCAGCAGGAAUUGGGAGGCAUCGGGCACCCACUCCUGGACACGGAGACAACUCACGUACUUUCUAAUAGUCUGAGCAGCAAAGAACAGCUCGAGUGUAUUUCCAAGAGCAGAACUUUCUAGACUGUUAGAAACAGAUUAGGACGACCUCUUCAAGCCAGACUGCCAACAGUGGCAUUGCCUGCUGGGACAUUGCUGAUAGUGUAGUGACCAUUCCUGUCUUCUUUCUCACUACAAGUGUCAUGUACUGACCAUGUGAUGUGAAUCCCUCAGAGGCCCUUCCAAGCCUGUAAACCAAGGGUUCAAAACAAGCUUCAUGAUUCUUCUGAUCCUAAUGUUCUCCCAGACCCUCAGUGGCACCUUGAUUUUGCCAGGAUGGUGACCCACUACACCCUCAGCCUUGUCACUUCACACAUACAGUCUGACUAUACAAAUGUGAGGAGUCUGAUUUCAUUUGUCAAAUAUUGUGGCCCAAGUUUAUGUUACCAUCAGAAUACCAAGUAACUUCAAACUCUGGAGAGUUAUUUUAGGGAACAGUUGACAAUUUUCCACUUCACCAUUAGGGAAUGGUGUGCAGGACAUUUGAUGAGACGUUAUCCACUCCAUCAGUUCUAUCCAUCACAGUCCAGGUGUUUAUAGGCUACCACCUGUCAGGACGUUCAAAGGCACGGCCUAAGAGGGAAAGAGUUGCAAAUUUCAAUGCUAUCACAAUGAUAGCAAGUAAAAACCAAUAACUAAAAAGUCAAACUUUGUAUAAAUAGAGCUGUAGCAGACACUAAGCAGUGAGCUUCAGUGUCUUCUCUGAUUUUUUUCCCCCUCUGUCCUUUUUAAAUACAGACCUGUUAGGGCUCCUCAUCCUCAUAGCAAGAAAUUGCCUUUUCUCUUUCCAUUUGAAAGAGUGAGGCAUUCUUUUUGAGGCACUGGGCAAGAGCCUGGAGAUGGGAUUCAUUCAUGCAAUGACCAUUCAGUGGCUUCCCUGAACUGCUUUUGCCAGUAAAUUUGGAUGAAAAUCCAGAGGAAACCAUUCAUCCCUACUAAGUUCUGAUAGCACAUCUCUAUGCAUAGAAUAAGUGGGAUAGAGGGAGACCGCAGGUGUAGCUCAGUGGAUACCGUGCACCCACCACCACAUAAACUAACCAUGGUGGUGUACACUGUAAUCUGAGCACUUGGGAAGCACAAGCAAGAAGAUUGGGAGCUUAAGGUCAUCCUGGGCUAUAGGUGGUGCUAUAGAGAUGAGGAGUGAAGACCCUUCUAUCUGAGUCAGUUUCAGUGACUCUGUUCUCUGCACUUCAUCCUGACACCUCUCCCAACAACCCACCAGAAACUUUAAUAACUAACAAUGAAGUGCACUUUCUCAGCCAGUCUGAUUUCUGCCAGAAUUGGGUAGGAAUGUCCAGAAUAUGCUCGCUCUCAGAAUUACAUGCCAUUUUCAUUGAGAAGUUCUGUUGACUCAUAGAUAAAUCGUUCUGGGAUAUUCUUGACAUACAGGCUAGACUUGACCUUGGUUGUGGUUCAUCUCAAAGUUCCCAAACCUCUUAUUUUAGAGGUUUAUCUGUGCCCUUCUGGGGAAAGCAGAGAAAACAGGAUGCUCAUUCCUCAUUUGUCUCUGAAUUGCUUCAAGGCCGAAUUGAACUUACAUUAGUGUUUUGAGGAUGGUAGGAUUUUUUUCCCCACCCUGAUAUGCUUCUAGAAUCAUUCUAGAAACCAAGUACUUGGAUGAUUUAAUUUGUGUGCCACCUUUCUGAGACCUCUGAUUUUGGAAAUGAAUGCAGGGGCAACACCCAUGACUUCAUAACCUUGUAACAUAGCUUCACACUGGUUCCCUGGGCAGAGGUCCCUACCCUAUUCCUCAUACCGUUUAUAGGACUGGCUGAAUUUGAACUAAGAAGUAGAUCCAUAUAUUUUUAAAGAGUGUUCAUAGAUCAACUCUGGCAUAAAAUUUGUAAAAAGGCAAUUUUUUUAAAAAAAGCAAAACAUAUAACCUCAGGUACAAAAAACUAUUGCAUGCAUCAGUACUUAAAACCUGCCUAUGACUAUUAACCAAAGCAUGCAAGAUUACGUCACUGAAUGUAAAACUGGCCCACUCGCCCCAAGCAUGACUGGUGUCAUAGACUAGCUUGUGUCGCCACCGUUCUCAACAAGCAAGUACUUCCUAACCUUGUUCCAGUUUUUUUUUUUUCUCUUUGCUUUUUCCAUCUUGUCUUGUAGACUGUUGGCCCGCUAUCACGUUGGCAUUGACCAUUGCUCUCAGGUUGGUUCAUACACUGUGGCUGCCAGUCCCAGGUCCAUCCUCUGAGGGACCCAGGCACAGACAUGGGUCCUUUAAAACCCAUUUGAAGCUAAACAGAGCUAAAAGUGUGACAAGCCCAUACAACUGUCCAUGUGCAAGAAGCUUUGAGCUUUAAAUUCUUAAUAAUGGAUUUCAAGUCUUCUUUUCAGCAAGUUUAGGGAGAAAUAGAAAGCAUUCGGGAUUCUAACUUAUUCGGGAAGGUUAAAGUGAUAUCACACGCAUGAAGACUGCCCUAAGCAAAGUAGACAUGGGCCCUUAGUUUCCCAUUGGAGUGAUAUGUCACAGAGUAGAACGUAGAGUGUUGUUCUACUUGUGAGGUCGAAGUCCCUCUCCCUUCAGAAACUAGAUUUGAUUAACCUGACCACAAAUACUCAAUUUCAGGGUAGAAGAUAAUUUUACAGCCAGAGGAAAUGUCAUUUCUCUGCCUUUGUUUUUUAUUUUAUUUUAUUUUUUUUGUAUCCCCAAUUUGAUGAAAAGGCCAGGAAAGAAGUGACUCAAGUCAGGUCAGUGAGGCUGGUACUAUGGACAGAGUUCCAGGGGUAUAGUGCUUGUCUACAAUGCACAAAGCAUGGGUUUGAUCCCACACAGCAUUCAACUGGACAAGAUGACACCCAUCUGUAAUCCCAGCAAGUGGGAGGUAGAGGCAGGAAUAUCAGAAAGUCAAGGUCAUUUUUGGCCAUACAGAGUUCAAGGCUAUGUAAGACCCUGUCUCAAUACAUACAUACAUACAUACAUACAUACAUACAUACAAAUACAUACGACCUCUAGGUCAUAUGUGAAGAACAGCUUUUUUACCCUUUCAUAAUGCCCCAUGUCCUCCACAGACAACCCCAGAAUCUAAACUACCUUUCCUAUGCACACAAAAAGACCAUGUAAAACAGUCAGAGGAAAGCAAUAGUAAACCCAAGCGUGAGACUUCAUAGUCUCUCACACUGCACAAGGCUACUGCAAUUGCUGCACAAACACCAAAUAAGAUGUCUGUAUAACAAUGUCCCAGCCUCAGGACCUCUUUAACAAGAGAAAAUAUAGCUGAGUCUCCCUCAGUGAGACUCCCACAGGGCAGUCUAAGAAACAUCACUGAAAGAGAUAAGGUGAAAAAGAACAAGCAAACUGUCCCCGGUGAUGCUGUACAACAUGCAUGUGUGGGACUGGCUUUGGGUUUCCUUUGAAUGUAUGGAAGAGGGAAAUGGCAUGCACACAGUAGAUGACUGACAUGUCCGACAUCUAGAUUGUGUCAUGUGAGCAGUGUCCAUGUUACUGUCAGUGAAAGGACACAAGCCUCCUUUAUCAAAUUCCUUCUUUGUCCCCAUAUCUCAUCUGACCCAAACCCUCCUCGAUUUUCAUUAUCCAAAUUUGUUUACAUCAGUUGAGAAAAAUAACUGAUUAAUUCAGUAAACUUUUUACAGCCUACAAGAAGCAUUUACUAUUUAGAAACCUUUUUAUCUAUUUUGUAUAUCUGUGAAUACUGCAUAUCUAAUCUAACAUAAGAAUUGUGUUUUAAGAAAAGUGCAAUGACCCUACCUUACUGUGCUCAAGGUUUAAAAUCUUGGGAUUUCAUCUUCAAGCUGAAAUAGGUAACAGAAAAACUUAACCUUAAAUGUUUACACUGAAUUUCUAAGUUAAUACCAACUCCAAAUUAAGUGAUCUAUACUCAAUUAAUGGCAAUGGGGGAUUUGAAUAUUAUUGGCAUCCUAUGAGAUAAUAUUUCUGUGGCAUAGUGAAUAACACACAGCCUACUCUGCCAUGUAGUAAGCCUUCAGUGUACUCUUUCUCUGCAUUGCCCUUUGAAAUAAAACUAUUAUAAAAAUAACCGUGUAUCCUACUGACAUGUUAAUUAACAGAUGACUUAUAAUUUGCAAAGUACGGAGCUUAAGGUAGUAUACUUUAUACUUUAUUGAAGGCACGCCUUCCUUUUUCACAUUAUUAACCUGUAUUUACAUUUGUGUAGUUUUAAACUAUGUUUCCAAAUAAACUUUGUCUGUGGCUUCAUGGUCUUUUCAGAACUCUCUCAAGACGGGAUUUGGGGUCAGACCACUUAAAGUCCAACAGAAACCAAUUACUACUGCUUUAAGAGGUCUCUCUGUUGAGUAUCACUAUGUAUCAUUUUGCAUGAAUUAUCUGGAAAUCGGGAAUGCAUUUGCAGAUAAAGAACAAACCUUAAAAAUCAUUUUCCUUUGUUAAUUUUUUUAAGACUAAAAUAUUAACCUGAAAUUGAAAUUUGUGAUCUUUUUAGAAUAAAACCAUUAAAAUAUGUGUCA